CGUCGUGAGUUUGAGCGUCCAAGCUAGUGUCUGUUCGACGACUUCAAUUUUUUUUCUCACGUGUUAUCCUUUAACCGCGUGGUCCACACCAAGCCGAUUCACCGGACUAAGCAUGGAAUGUCUUGUAGGAGUCGCCUUCAAGGACUUUGCGCUGCUGGCGGCCGACAGGACGACCGCGUUCAGCAUCAUAGUCCUUAAGCACGAUGAAGAAAAGAUUCACAAACUGAGCAACAAGUUGCUCAUGGCUGUCUGCGGGGAGGCUGGUGACACGGUCCAGUUUGCCGAGUUCAUUGCCAAAAACAUCCAGCUUUUCAAGAUGCGCAAUGGUUACGAGCUCUCCCCAUCCGCAGCAGCCUGCUUCACUCGGCGAAACCUUGCAGACUACCUCAGGAGCAGGACCCCAUACUCCGUCAAUGUUCUCCUGGCUGGCCACGAUGAUGCCGAGGGUGCCGAGCUCUACUACCUUGACUACCUGGCGACCAUGGCGAAGGUGCCGUUUGCGGCACACGGCUACGGGGCCUUCUUUCUCAUGUCUGUACUUGACAGGUACUACAGGGAAGACAUGAGCGAGGAUGAGGCGAUCGGCAUGCUGAAGAAGUGCGUUGGUGAGGUUCAGAAACGUUUUCUUGUCAACCUCCCUGCCUUCCGAGUGCAGAUUGUGGACAAGAAUGGCAUCAGGAACAAGGAAGACAUUUCCAUCUUGCCUAAUCCUGCCUGAUCUGCUUAAAAAAACCUGCUAGGUCUUUUUUUUUUUUUUGGUCCCUCUUGCUCUUGCAGCAUGUAAUAAAGUCUGUGCUGACCACAUUA